CAAUAAUAUUUCACGUGUCAGGCACAAAACAAUUGCGUUGAAAUCGUUUAACAAAUCAAAAUAAGAAGUUAACCCUAAAAUAAGCACUGGGUCGGGCCUUCCCCAAAUUUAACAAACCGGCCGUAGGUCUCUUUUUACCAUGGAAGCAUAAAUGGGGAGCGUCAGCCUCACAGUGGUAGGCAGGGAUGACUCGUGUUUUUUCUUCACUGAUGUUCAUACUCUGGAUAAAGUGAUAUAGAAUUUACAAACAUAGACCGUAAAAUAGUUAGCCUAAAAAGUUGUUUUAUACCUAUUCGUGAUUUAUUGUUCAACUUCUGUCAUUUGCAGAUGAACACCCAUUGAAAGAAAAUGUUCUGCAACUAGAAACGCAAGCGAGCGAAAAUGGAGUCUGCAGGUAACGAGGCGAGUACCCGUGGAGAUGAUCAGGAAGUAGAAAUGAGAGGCGUAGAUCCUAACGAGGUAAUCCUUCAACAAGACACCAGUUCUCAAUACCCGCUUCAGAACAUGCUUGUGGAGGACCAUGUAGGAGGAUCUGACCAAACUUUAAUCAGUAACCAGGCUUCUCGUCUCAGCAGAAACUAUGAUGGAUACUCUGAAGAACAGGAAAUGUACAAUCAGUAUGAUCAACGAGGAAUUACGCAAGGUCCUGAAGUCUCAGACGUGAAUUCAAUGUCAUUCAUACAAAAUCAUCCGAAUUCCUGUAGUAGCUAUGAUCAAGUAGGUAAUCAGCAGCCUAUACUUGUACUAGAACCCGUUACAGAUGCAGACAUACAGCUAGUGGGCAGUGGGGCAAACGUUCAUGUGGUGUAUGUACCAAAUGGUCUCUCUGAUCUAGGUUCUUCAUUGGCUAAUGUCCAAACCGAUGGCCAGGUCUACUUCCAGAGGUAUUUACCUGAGGCAUCUCAUCGUGACCAGCUGCAGUCUGCAUGUAACGAGGCGAGUACCCGUGGAGAUGAUCAGGAAGUAGAAAUGAGAAGCGUAGAUCCUAACGAGGUAAUCCUUCAACAAGACACCAGUUCUCAAUACCCGCUUCAGAACAUGCUUGUGGAGGACCAUGUAGGAGGAUCUGACCAAACUUUAAUCAGUAACCAGGCUUCUCGUCUCAGCAGAAACUAUGAUGGAUACUCUGAAGAACAGGAAAUAUACAAUCAGUAUGAUCAACGAGGAAUUACACAAGGUCCUGAAGUCUCAGACGUGAAUUCAAUGUCAUUCAUACAAAACUAUCCGAAUUCCUAUAACAGCUAUGAUCAAGUACGUAAUCAGCAGCCUAUACUUGUACUAGAAAACGUUACAGAUGCAGACACAGCUAGUGGGCAGUGAGGCAAACGUUCAUGCGGUGUAUGUACCAAAUGGUCUCUCUGAUGUAGGUACUUCAUUGGCUAAUGUCCAAACCGCUACCCAGCAGACUUGUGCUAAUGAAGUAUGCAGCACAUCAGGCCAACACUUUACAAAUAGUGUACAUAACCCUACUCUACCACAACCCGAAGAAUGGUAUAUAGAAACUACGUAUUCUCUAACGGUUACAGUCUUAAUCUCAACUGGUUUAUACAUACAUGUUUAUAUAUAGUGCGCGCCAGGAACUUCGAUGAAUUCAGGGAUUUCUCGGGGCAAGAGACGACCUUGGUCCACCUCGACCCAGGUACAAAUUGGUGGUGCCUCUAAUGUGGAAUCUGAUCUAUGGGUUAAGCUUAAAAUGCCUGGCGAAAGUAAUGAACAAUUCCUGUGCAAGAACUUGUCCAAAAUGUUACAUCAUUUCCCAAAUCUUCACCCAAAGAAGCAUGGUAAAUGUGUCUGGCAAGAGGAGGAGGCACCUAAGGAUCCAGAGAACCUUAAGACAUGGCUGGGUGCUAUCAAGCAAAAGUAUUAUCGUGUUAUGGGGAAAGUCAAGCCCCCAACCACUGAAAGUGAAGGUAGAGAAUGGAAGCAAAUAUCUGUUGCCAAAUGUGAACAAACCUGUAAAUCAGCAUCUGCCUAAAUAAGCCAUAAUGAUCUUGUAAGUUGAUGGACCCUGAAACAUCAGUGAGGGCCUGUGUUUAAGAAGUGUUUUGUUACCUUAAACUCAUCUAUAACAUUUUCAUGCAAAUGAAACAUGCCCACAAAAAUUCGCAUUAUGAAAAAAAAAAAAAUCUUAAUCUGUAGGUCAGUACUGUUUACAUCGGAUUUAGAUGUUGGAAUGAAUCCUAAAUUAUAUCCCAUAAAUUCAUUUGUUAGAAUUUGAGUAAGGGUUAGCUCCUGUACGACUGCCGUUCUUAAUUAUGGUUGUGGUCAUUGCAAUUAUUUAACACUAGAAUAAUAUUUUUUACUAAUGCUUGUAUAAGUAUACCAUUAAGUUUGAUAGAGGACAUGCAUGGACAUGCAUGCUAUUUGUAUAUGGGCAAGUGAAGAAGAUAUGAUUUUAAAUGCUGAUAUUUUGGAAAGCAUAGUAUCAGUCCAACUGGAAGCCCAAUGCCGGUAUACUCUGUUGACAAUAGAUUUUUAAAAAGCUUGUUCAAAAGUAAUGAUAUGAGCUUCAGACACCACAUUGAGCUGGUACUUCAAUAAAGGAAAAGUUAUAUGUGCAGAGAUCCAGAACACCUACUGCCACUACGGAAAGCAUUAGUGAUUUCAAGAUUGGGAUAUUAGUGCAAAGUAUGGAAUCUAAGUCUCAUAAGGCACACUAUUGUUUGACCAGAUAUGGUAGGCCUUAGACAUUGGGGAAGACUCAAACAACUAAUAACUUCAUUCUAUAUUUUUUAAAGAUCAUUGAAAACUUGACACCAAAUCAAAAAGAAGUAGAAUAAUAUAGUUUAAUUCCAUUUGUUACAAUGUUUUUUGUUCAAGUGACCGGCUGCCUUUUAACUAUUUCUAAAAUUACCCUGUGUGCGCAAGGAAUGGCCGGGGUUAGCAUCCACUGGCAGCGAAGGGUUUGAUGACAGGUCAGCAACAUGACUAGACGAGAACGCUAAAACGCACAGCAUAGAGGGGAUGAAUGAAAGCGCCUUUCAUUCAUCCCCAGAUGAGUGUAGAAAAGGUAUGAAUCAAAAUGAAACAUCUUCACAAUAGAAGAGAUGUAUUAUCAUCAGAAAUACAUGUUUCCGAUGAAGAUAUAUUCGAAACCGGUCAAAUACAUAAUACAAGAUACUCAUUCUCAUUCUUACCUUUUCCACAUUUGUCAACAUGAAUAUGGUUCACCCCAGACAAGGAAGUGUAAUCAAAGUUUCUUUAUGGGCGAAGUCUGUUAAAUGGUGUAAAAAAUGUAUUAGAAACACACCUCUGAGCUCCGUGGAAGUAUUUUAAAGAAAAUUAAACCGUUAGAUUCAGUACCAGAUGAACCGUCACGAGUGGUCGCGAAAAAUUAAAAUUUUAUCCCUCUGAGUUCAGUUCUUCGUAGCUGAAAGAUGAGCGGUGCCCCAAAAUGGUAUACAUUUGAAUAUUUUUGUAGCCGACUUCACUACAUUUGCUUAAUAAAUUGUUGAUAAUUAUGCGAUAAAAUUGUGCCAAUCCAGAAAGAAAUGACCUUGAUACGUGUUCAGGAUUAUAUUUUCUUACAUAUAGAUAAGGAGCAGACGAGCGCAUACCAUUGUGAAUCCCUUGCAUAUCCUUCUGAGAUCUACAAGUGGCUCGUAGGUAAUCGUGGUGAGUCUCUCCUCAAGAAUUUAUGGUACCCUUUAAUAUUAAAUGCUGUCUAAUCACUCAUGUACUAACAUUUUAUGCUGUGUAUAAACAGUAAAGGAAAUAUAACCCUAAAUGAAGCCGUAGCUACUCUGCUCACAGCAUCAGCAUUAUUCAUCCACAAACAAAAUCUUGUAGUUGAUUUAGUUGCAACGAUGUGGUCUGGUUCAGACUGAUCGUGAUGAACUGUUGGUGAACAAUGUAGUGGGAGAGGGGAAUAUAAGUUCCAUUAUCUUGCACGUGUUUCAUGCUUGUUAGCUUUAUAUACGCUUUGGACUAUUAAAUGUUUCUAAAUUACCCUGUGUGCAAAGAAUGGCCGGGGUUACCAUCCACUGGCAGCGAAGGGUUUGAUGACAGGUCAGCAAAAUGACUAGAUGAGAACGCUAAAACUGCACAGCAUAGAGGGGAUGAAUGAAAGGCGCCCCAGAUGAGUGUAGAAAAGGUAUGAAUUAAAAUGAAACAUCUUCACAAUAGAAGAGAUGUAUUAUCAUCAGAAAUACACAUUUCCGAUGAAGAUAUAUUCGAAACCGGUCAAAUACAUAAUACAAGAUACUCAUUCUCAUUCUUACCUUUUCCACAUUUGUCAACAUGAAUAUGGUUCACCUCAGACAAGGAAGUGUAAUCAAAGUUUCUUUAUGGGCGAAGUCUGUUAAAUGGUGUAAAAAAUGUAUUAGAAACACACCUCUGAGCUCCGUGCAAGUAUUUUAAAGAUGUGGUCUGGUUCAGACUGAUCGUGAUGAACUGUUGGUGAACAAUGUAGUGGGAGAGGGGAAUAUAAGUUCCAUUAUCUUGCACGUGUUUCAUGCUUGUUAGCUUUAUAUACGCUUUGGACUAUUAAAUGAGUUGUUUCA